AUGUCCUCCUCUCUGAAGGUCCUUGGUCCUCUCUUGCUCCUGCUGUUGCCCUUUUGUGGGCUCCAGGUACACAGCCAGAACCUUUCCUGGAGGGAAUUCAUGAAACAGCACCACCUGAGCACAAGCUGGGAAUUCAAUGAGUAUAGAUGCAAUGACCUCAUGAAAGGAAGAGAAGUUCCAAAAGACAGGAACUAUCACAUCUUCAUCUAUACCUUCUGGCACAAAAUCGAGCAUGUAUGCAUCCGGAACUGGAGAGAUCGCUACAGAAAUGUAUAUAUAUGGGCCCAGUACCCCUUUAAAGUAAUCAAAUGUUACUGGAGGAAUAACAAAAAGGGCUACAAAGAGCACAGGAGUUACAGCUACAUUGAAUUCCAUUGUGGCAUGAAUGGGUUUGUUGAUAGCAUAGAGGACAUUCGGUUGUUAGAGGUCAUCAGUAACCUCUAA